CUGUGGGUAAUAUGCGUUCUUUUGAAUGAAAUAAUUCGAGGGAUUCGCAUGAGGUACAAAUAUUUUCUGUACAGUGUUUGAUUUAACGCCGACUCACUAUUAAAUGGAAAAUGAAGAAUACAACUUGGGCCUGAAACCAUUGGAAUGACUUCGACUGGCAAUGAAAUAUAAAAUAUAUUGGUUGCUAAAAUGCCAGUUGUUGUGCUGCGUGCGUUUCUCGUGGGGUAUUGUGUCUGGGCAGAUUCGUUAUUCUGUUCCUGAAGAACUGCAGCUGGGAGCCUUUGUUGGGAAAAUCGCAGCCGAUUUAGGUUUAGAUGUAAAGCAGCUGAAGGCUCGCAGUUUGCGGGUAGCACCCAGUCCAAGGAAGCAGUAUUUCGACGUAAAUUUGGAGAAUGGGAUUUUAUUUGUGAAGGAAAUAAUCGACAGAGAACAGCUUUGUGGGUCGAACCUCGAUUGCCGCUUAUCGUUGAACGUUGCACUUCAAAACCCCCCGAGCCUGCAUCCGGUGGAAGUGGAGAUUCUCGAUAUAAAUGACAAUGCUCCAACUUUCCCAAACAGCCAGUUUCGCCUUGAAAUCUCGGAGUUCGCAGUAGCGGGAAUGCGUUUUCCUCUUGAACCGGCACGAGAUUCGGAUAGUGGCACUAACUCCUUGCAAACCUACCAGCUACAGCCGAACGAAUAUUUUACUCUCGACGUACAAAUGCGCAGUGGGAAGGGAAAACGUCCAGUUUUGUUGUUAGAGAAACCUUUGGAUAGAGAAACGAUGCCAACCCACAAUUUAACGCUUAUCGCCAAGGACGGCGGUCUGCCUCCGAGAUCGGGAACGGGUCAGAUUAUAGUCAUUGUGAAGGAUGUAAACGACAACGCACCUGUUUUCUCUCAGUCUGUUUACAGGGUCAGUAUUUUGGAAUCUGCACCGAAAGGGACCUUGAUCAUCAAAUUAAAUGCCACUGACCUCGACGAUGGCCUCAAUGGAGAGAUAAUGUAUUCCUUCGGCAGCUAUAUUUCUGCUAGUGCCCGUAAACUCUUUGAUCUGAACUUCAGAACUGGUGAAAUCAUACUUAAAGGGAACUUGGACUAUGAAGAGAACACCAUUUUUGAGAUUAAUGUAGAGGCAACGGAUAAAGGUUCUGGUGCUAUACCCGGAUACUGCGACGUAUUGGUCGAAAUUGUUGAUGUGAAUGAUAACGCGCCGGAGGUGAUAUUAGGAUCUUCCUCAACUACAGUAUCCGAAGAUAGUCCGCCAGGGAGUGUAAUAGCUCUGUUCACAGCAGAAGACAGAGAUUCUGGACAAAAUGGUCAAAUACAAUGUCAGAUUUCAAAUCAACUGUCUUUUGAACUUGAUUCAUCUGGAAUGAACUACUAUAGAAUCCUCAUUCACCAUUUGCUGGAUCGCGAAAAGGUCCCCAAGUACGAUGUUAACAUAAUAUGCACGGAUAAGGGGGACCCUCCUCUCACUUCCAAGAAAACUAUCCAUAUAGAGGUUUCAGAUAUAAAUGAUAACGCCCCAAAGUUUUCUCGCCCGGUAUACACAGCAAAUGUUAUGGAAAACAACGUUAUUGGGGCUUCCAUUUUUUCCAUGACGGCUUUCGAUCCAGAUGUUGAAGAAAAUGGGCGACUGAACUUUUCUAUCCUGGAAUCUGAGGUUCAGAAUUCCUCAAUAAUCUCCUUUGUCUCGAUUAAUUCGGCGAGUGGUGUCAUAUAUGCUCAGAGAUCUUUUGACUACGAGCAAUUGAAAAACUUCCAAAUUCGAGUGCAAGUGCGGGAUUCUGGCGCGCCAGCGCUCAGCGGUAAUGCCUCAGUGAAUGUUGUGAUCCUUGAUCAGAAUGAUAAUGCCCCAUUGAUUACACAUCCUCUACCCGAAUAUGGGUCAACAGCAAUAGAAACAAUAUCCAGGUUCACAGAGCCAGGGUCCUUGGUUGUCAAGGUAUCGGCCACUGAUGCCGACUCUGGUCAGAAUGCUCGACCCUCUUAUCAGAUUUUUCAGGCCACCCAUCAUAAUCUCUUUACUAUUUCCACAGACACUGGAGAAAUAUGGACCAUACGUCGAAUUUUGAACAAGGAUUCCCCUAAUCAAAGGCUGGUGGUUGUGGUAAAAGAUAAUGGAAUUCCAUCACUCUCUGCCACUGUGACUAUAGUAAUAUCUGUGGUUGGAACUGACAGUGAAACCUUCUCCAGUGUCAUCACUUCGUCGUCAGAUCCGAGAUUCACUCCUGAACUGAGCCUUUCCUUGGUUAUAGCUUUGGGAAUUAUAUCUGGCAUUUUACUCAUAAUUUUAGUCAUCCUCGCCGUUAAAGUUCACAAAAACAGGAAUGGUAUGGUAUACCAGCAUCAUUCCCUGGGUAUUUGUUGUUGCCUUGACUCAAGGCAUUCUUUGAAUGGAAUUCAGAAGGCCAGUAAAAGCCUUCAGAUACCACCAAACUAUGUUGAAGUGUUUGGGGGCGAUCCUCUCUCCCAAAGAUUCCGUUACGAGUCAUGUUCGACGUUGCAGUCUACCAGGAGAGAUUUGACCGACCCCAGCAAGUGUAGAACUUCUGCAGAGAAAAAGUUUUUGCUGAACGAAUCUAUUGAGAAGGAAAAUACUGGAAUGGCGAAUUCUGAAAAAUACAUUGUUCCUGAGGUGAGAUGAUUUUAAAGAGAGAAGAAAAUUCUGAUAGGUUUUCUUUGGAAACAGUUCUUUGGUGAACCACUAAUAUAUCAAUACAUACUGUAGAUCCUAACGCAAUGUACAGGGUACGUAACGUAAAAUUUGU